AUGACGACAGGAUGUAAGGGAACAUGUGGUGUUGUGAUGAAGACAGGAUGUAAGGGAACAUGUGAUGUUGUGAUGAAUGGAGGAUGCAAGGGAACGUGUGUUGUUGUGAUGAAGACAAGAUAUAUGAUAUACCUUGAGGAUUCAAAGGAAAAUAACAUGUCAUUUCCAAGGCCAACUGAACUUCUUACUGCAUACGAUAGAACACAGUUAUCUUCAUGGAUUGGUCAGAAAUGCCAUUUUGAAUUGCUUUACAAAAUAAGUAGGGAUAGUUGUUGCUCCAAAAAGUUUCAUCAGCUCUGCGAUCGAAAAGGAUCUACAGUUACCAUCCUAUACAACACAGACAACACUUCUUAUGGAGGGUUCCUGUCUCAGAGUUGGGAGUCAUCGGGGGGUUGCAUUAAAGACCCACGUGCUUUCUUGUUUACUUUGUCUUAUAAUGGUGUCAGGAAACCAAGAAAGUUUCCCGUCACUAAACCAAAUCAAGCAGCAUAUGCGCAUAACAAUCUAGGACCAACUUUUGGAAAAGUCGAAAUCGAAAAUUUACCAUGUGCAGGAUAUCAAUAUUACAAUGCAGAGCCCUUCUUAAGGAAUACCUUAAUGCGAAUUCCGACUGAUCUCAUGACUUUUAAAAACAAAAUAUCGCCAACAAGAGACACAGCCAGUGGUACUCAUUUCUUUGAACUUAAUGGAAGAGCAGAUUUUGGAUCGGCUUACCAAGGACCAACAGUGAAUAUGAAUGCUAUCAACAAUGGUCACAUGUGCGUCUUUGAUCUAGAAGUUUAUUCCAUUAAAGCAACUCAGCAGGUGUCAAACUCAACGCCACGCGAUGAAACAAUCAUAACUAACCCCUGGCGGGAACCACCUCUUUGGCAUGAACAGAAUUUGCGAUCGUUAAAAGACUUCGUCUCUAACUACAAGCCAUUGCCUGAUAUGAGGAUCUCAGAAGUCAAUAUUUUACUCGUAGGACAGAUCAACGCUGGGAAGUCUAGUUUUUUCAACACUUUGAACUCCAUUUUCCGAGGGGAAAUUUCUUCGCGCGCAUGUGCCGGUACUUCAACACACAGCCUUACAACAACUCUUCGAAAAUAUAAAAUCCGAAAUCGGGAAUUUGGUGGUUAUCUGAAUUUCCGGCUUUGUGACACUCGUGGGCUAGAAGGAGAAAAUUCCAUGCACUACCACGACAUGCAACUUCUCCUGGACGGAUACUUGACUGAUCAAUACAAGUUUAAUCCCAUGGCGCAUGCUUCUCAACGAGACCCUGGAUUCGUAUCUCACCCAUCCUUUCAGGAGAAGAUUCACUGUGUGGCUUUUGUAGUGGACGCCAGUGCCAUUGACGUGCUGCAUGCAGAUGUAUCUAAGAACUUGCUUUAUUUUCGUUCCUUAAUCGUUGAGAGAGGACUACCGCAUGUUGUUUACCUGACGAAACUAGACAAGGUUUGUCCUUUGGUUGAUCAAGAUGUUAGAAAGAUCUAUCAUAGCGAAGCCUGCAAACAAGCUCUAGAGAUAGCAGCUGACGUCAUAGGACUUCCUCGAGGUCACGUAUUUCCAGUGAAAAAUUACGAACAGGAGACUCAACUACAGACAAAUGUCAGCAUUCUGGCUCUGACAGCCAUGAGACAGACGCUGGUGUUUGCGGAUGAUUACCUAGAAGAUCAGUAUGAGCUCCAGUCUGACCAGUCAAUCUCAAUAACUUGUGCAAAUUAUGAUAGGAUAUAUGACAUCAGCAAUAAGUUACCUGACUGAAAGUUUGAGAUAGUGUUAGGUGACAAUUUAAACAACCCCCUAAAAUACGAUUAAAACGGAUUUUCUAUUUAGUUUUUUUUUACCCGCACUUUCUUAAGAAAGUUCGGGUAUAUUGUUGUUACCAUAUUCCGUCCGUCCGUCCUUCUGUCCGUCCGUCUGUCACGUUUUACUUUCUCAAACUGCUCUUACAUCUUACAAACCAGCAAAUUGAACUAUUAGAGUUUGAUUUGGGGUGUCCUGUUGUUUUGUAAAAUGGUUACAAAAAUUCUCUGGUAGUCCUGGAGGACAAAUAAUUGAUAAAAAAAAAAGUGUGAUUUUUUUCACAAAAACCUUCUUCCUCGAACUCCUCCUAUAUUUUCAACAGUAGACAAAUCAUCUCUUAUAUAAUAUGUUUUAGAUUAUCCUGUGCAAAAAGAUUUCGGGAAUUUCAAUUUUAGCUAGGUCAUCUCUUUGGUAUAUAAUUGUGGCUGACCUAUAGAUGUGCAAUAAGGUUUUAAAAGUUUGAAUUUCAUCAAGGGAGUCAAAUAGUAGCAAAAAAUUGACGUUUAUCACUCAAAAAAAAAAUCCCAAAACUCCUCUAAUGAUUUAAUGAAUAUAUUGGG